AUGGACCUAUCCGAUCACCAACGUCCCUUAAUUUCGGACCGGGUCACCGUGAACGGUAGCGUGACGCCGCUUGCUCUGCUCGCCGACGGCAGGCUAUGGUGGUCGGAGGGAACCUACCGGUGUGUGUCCAUCGAGAAGGAUGUUAUCGGGUUCGUCUCGAAUGGCCCUCACAUCAAGAUCAAGACCCUUGUUGAGACCCGAGAUGGGUGCUGCACUAACGGUGCCCCAGGUAGGCUCGUCAGAAACGACGUCGUAUUCAAGCCAUCCUCCGAGGAAACCCGCGAGCUCUGGUGCCAAAAGCUUCGUGAAUUCAUCGAUUCUCUCGGUCGACCUAAGAGGUUAUUUGUGUUUGUUAACCCAUUUGGUGGGAAGAAAUCUGCUAAAAAGAUUUUCUUUGAACAAAUCAAACAUCUUCUUGAGGAUGCUCAAAUCGAACUUACUGUUCAAGAAACCAAACACCAGCUCCAUGCCAAGGAAAUUGCUUAUUCGAUAGAUAUUACAAAAUACGAUGGGAUUGUUUGUGUUAGUGGAGAUGGAAUUUUGGUUGAGGUUGUAAAUGGACUUCUUCAAAGAGAGGAUUGGGCUAUGGCAAUAAAGAUGCCCCUUGGGGUAGUUCCCGCAGGUACGGGAAAUGGCAUGGCAAAAUCUCUUCUUGAUUCAGUUGGUGAUCUUUGUGCAGUAGCUAAUGCCGUUCAUGCCAUUAUACGAGGCCAUAAGCGAUCACUUGAUGUGGCUACCAUCAAACAGGGGGAAACCAGAUUUUUCAGUAUAUUGAUGCUCGCAUGGGGUCUGGUGGCAGAUAUUGACAUUGAGUCUGAAAAGUAUCGGUGGAUGGGAAGUGCUCGUCUAGAUUUUUAUGCUCUUUGUCGAUUCUUCAAUUUGAGGCAAUACAUUGGAUGUGUUUCUUUUGUGCCUGCACCUGGGUUUGAGGCUUACGGGGAACCCACUAGUUAUCCUGGCAAAUCUUCUAGCAAAGGCAACAACACUGAUCCAAGUGAAGGAGAAAGUGUUAAUUUACAAAAGCUUUGUUAUAAAGGACCUGAAAUAAACUUGGAAAAUCUGAAUUGGAGAGUUAUAAAUGGACCCUUUAUUUCUAUCUGGCUUCACAAUGUACCUUGGGGUGCCGAAGACACUAUGCCAGCACCUGAUGCAAAGUUCUCUGAUGGUUAUCUGGACUUAAUCAUUAUGAAGAGUUGCCCAAAGUUAGCAUUGCUGUCAAUUAUGUCAACGUUGAAUAAUGGAGGACAUGUGAAAUCUCCUUAUGUCACAUACCUAAAGGUGAAAGCUUUCAGCUUGGAACCUGGUCCGCGCACCAAGGACCCGGAGAAGGAAGGGAUCAUAGAUUCAGAUGGUGAGGUUCUGGCAAGGGGGAAAGGAACUUACAAGUGUGAGCAGAAGGCUUUGAUGGCCUAUGGUAAAUUGCAGAUAACAGUGGAUCAAGGUUUAGCUACACUUUUUACCCCUAUAUAAUAGUCUUGGUUUAAUUAUUUUCCUAUUCCCUUCCAUUCAAUUACAUGCAUUUUGUUACUAGUUGCAUACAUGUUGGUAUAAACGGAACCUUCCACGGGUUAUUUAUCUUG